ACCGUAGACCGCAAACCGAGCUGCGAGGUGGUAUUUGCUACAACACACGACUCGACGGAGCAUGAUGUUGUCGCCUACGCUGCCGUUACGUUCGCACUGGUGUUCGUCAACGUUGUCGAGUUAACUUGUGUUACUUUUUUUCAGAUGACGUCAGAGAAAUGACGGAAUCGACUUCGGUACCGGACUAUGUUUACACGAACGAAACUUCAGUGGAAUCUCAAAAUUGGACGAUGAACACGGAGAACGUUUCGAGUACGGUCAACGACGUCGAAGACAGUUGGAAGAGUAUACCGAAAGUGCUUAAAUCGUUUGUCAUGUGCACCAUUAUGUUAACGGCCGUCUUGGGUAAUAUGUUAGUGAUCGUCAGUGUUUUCAGGCAUCAUAAACUUCGCAUCACUACUAAUUACUUCAUCGUAUCCCUAGCGUUUGCUGACAUACUAGUGGCACUUUUCGCUAUGACAUUUAAUGCCAGCAUGACAAUAGCCGACAGAUGGGUUUUUAAUCAGACCGUUUGUGAUUUCUGGAAUUCGUGUGACGUCCUCUUUUCCACCGCAUCAAUUAUGCACCUAUGUUGCAUUAGCGUCGAUCGCUACUAUGCUAUUAUCAAACCCCUCGAAUACCCCACGAAAAUUACCGGAAAGACGGUGGCCAUUAUGUUAGCCUGCGUUUGGGUAUCUUCCGGUCUCAUCUCGUUCAUACCCAUCUUUCUCGGAUUUUAUACAACGGACGAGGAGAUAAUACGUCAAAGCACUAAUUCCGACGAGUGUCGAUUUAUAGUUAAUAAACCUUAUUGUAUAAUAUCGUCUAGCGUAUCGUUCUGGAUUCCGUGCUUCAUUAUGCUCUUCACAUACUGGAAGAUAUACCAAGAAGCUACCAGACAGGAGAAAUUGAUAUACAAGACACAGAUGGGACCCGGUGGUAUGAUGCAUAACUGUGCCAGGAACAGUACCGAUCACGGUGCAUUACCGAACGUACACGCCCCACCUCAUAGAAAUUCGCACGGGGAGGAUCCCGAAAGUGGCCAGUCUACACCCACUAAGAGGACCAUAAACAAAAUGAGAAGGGAGCAUAAAGCGGCUAAGACACUCGGCAUAAUCAUGGGUGCUUUUAUACUAUGCUGGUUACCAUUUUUCUUAUGGUACGUCUCUACUACCAUGUGCGGUAGUGCCUGCGAAUGCCCAGAUUUAGUAGUGGAGAUGGUAUUCUGGAUAGGAUAUUUUAAUUCUUCUCUUAAUCCUAUUAUUUAUGCUUAUUUCAACCGUGAUUUCCGUGAGGCUUUCAAGGAGACUAUACAGAAUGCUAUCUGUUGUUGUUGCAUGAAGUUUCACAAGAAACACAGGAAUAAUCAUAUCAUCCAUUUUAACUGUACGUAUAGAUCAAAUCAGGACAUAGGACUCGUUGAAAAUAAGUACGUACGCGAAUGAUCUGUGGUUCCUUCCCUCGAUAAUGAUGUGAUAAAGUAAAGUCCUCUCAAGAGGCACAAGUCAGAUGGAUCUUAAAAUGUGAAUCCUCGACAAUAACGAAGAUGAGGAGAAGAAGAUCAUCUGUCUACAGUAUUUGUAUAUUGGACAUUCAAUGUGUCUGCGUAACGUAAACUAUGUUGUGAUGCUAUGCUGACGAACAGACCGACAGCCAAGUCUGUUACCCCCUUUUUCUUUAUUUCUUUUUUCAUGUUAAAUAUACAUAAAUAUACAUAUAUAUAUAAAAAACAGAAAAUACAAAAAAAAAACUAUGCGGGGAUCUCUUAAAAUCCCAUAAUUUCUAGUCAGAAAACGAAGUCGGUUGCACCUUUUUUUUUUUGGCUAUUUUCUCCGUAAAGGAAAUUUAAAUUCUUAUAAACAAAUUUAUAUUAAGAAUUUUACACAUCUU